AUGAAGUUAAAACUCCUCAAUCCCAGCCUGGAGGACAGGAUACUGUUCUAUCAGCAGCUGGACAAACUGGAGGAGGAUGAGACUGGAGACAGACCAAAAUGUGACAACAAGGCCCAGGACAUGUUGACCUGUGUGGGGUUUUGUGUUGGACUCAGAAACGUCUGGCGGUUCCCCUAUCUGUGUCAGAGUCAUGGAGGAGAUAAGUGAUGCUUUCAUGGGGCAUUUCUGAUUCCUUAUGUCAUUGCCUUGGUGUUUGAGGGACUUCCCCUGCUGCACAUGGAACUGGCCAUCGGACAAAGGCUCCGCAUGGGAAGUGUUGGAGUGUGGAAUUCAAUUUCCCCAUAUCUGGGAGGUUUAGGUGUGGCGUCCAUGGUAGUAUCCUUCCUUGUUGGUCUCUUCUACAACAUGAUCUUGGCCUGGAUCCUCUGGUACUUCUUCCACUCUUUUCAAAGUCCGCUUCCCUGGAGGGACUGCCCAUUAAACUUGAAUCAUACUGGCUAUGUAAGUGAAUGUGAAAAGAGCUCACCUGUGAACUAUUUUUGGUAUCGUGAGACACUGAACAUAACACCAAACAUCGAGACCAGUGGGUCUUUACAGUGGUGGCUUGUGCUGUGCCUUGCGACUGCUUGGUGCCUGGUGUACAUCUGCUUCAUACGUGGAAUUGAGACUAUUGGAAAGGCUGCAUAUGUCACAGCCACCUUUCCAUAUCUUGUUUUGACCAUCUUCUUGGUCAGAGCCUUGACUCUGUCUGGGGCCACAGAUGGCUUAAUAUAUCUCUUCACGCCAAAUUGGGAAACCCUGAAGAACCCUGAGGUAUGGUUGGAUGCUGCUACUCAGAUCUUUUUCUCUUUGUCUUUGGCCUUUGGGGGGCUUAUUGCUUUUUCAAGUUACAAUCCUCAGAAGAAUAAUUGUGAGAGAGAUGCCCUAAUUGUUGGAUGUGUGAACAGUCUUACGUCAAUAUAUGCAUCAAUUCCUAUUUUUGCCAUUCUUGGAUUUAAAGCAAAUGAAAAUUACAAUGGUUGCAUAAACUGGAACAUACUGACACUGACAAAUGCAUUUAACAUUGGGGAUGAAAACAUAACUCUUGAAAACUACGAUGACUGGUUCAACUAUCUCAACGCAACUGAUCCCUCAGAGGUUGAAAGCCUCAAUCUAAAGACCUGUAAUCUACAGACUUUCCUGGACCAGAGCGCCUCUGGAACCGGACUGGCCUUCAUUGUGUUUACUGAGGCUGUGAUAAACAUGCCAGGCUCUCAGGUGUGGGCGGUGCUGUUCUUUGUCAUGCUCUUCAGCCUCGGCUUGUCCUCCAUGUUUGGAAAUCUAGAGGCGAUCCUAACUCCCCUGCUGGACCUGCACAUGGUUCCACCCUGGCUUCCUAAGGAAAUAUUCACAGGGUUAAUGUGCCUCAUCUCCUUUACUGUGGCCCUCAUCUUUACUUUGGACUCCGGAAACUACUGGCUGGAAAUUUUCAACAGCUUCGUGGGAUCCAUACCUCUGCUUAUCAUAGCAUUCUUUGAGAUCAUCAGUGUGGUAUACAUCUAUGGAAUAAACAGGUUUAAUGAGGACAUUGAAUGGAUGACAGGUCGGAGACCAAACAUCUACUGGCAGGCCACUUGGCGCUUCAUCAGUCCUUUAAUGCUGCUGGUGGUUUUUGUGGCAUAUGUUGCAGUUGAGGCAGACAAACGGCCAACAUACAACGCCUGGAACCCAGAUUACGUGAACUUCCCCCUUGCUGAUGUUCAGCAGUAUCCUGAAUGGGUUUUUGGUAUCUGUGUGCUCUUAUCUGUCAUUCCUGUUGUCUCCAUCCCUCUUGUGGCUCUCUACAAAUUCAUGGGCUUCCUGGAGAAGUACAUUAUGAACAGGCACAACCAAAACCCAUAUGCAAAUGAAUUAUGUCAGGGAGAAUUGUAAUAGAAAUAUUUUAGCUGUUUUAUGUGGUCUACCAUGGUAAAUGUCAGAUAUUGUCAAAUUUAAUAAAUUUGUGUAUAUUCAUUUGG